GGAGCCCAAUGAAGGCACAGGAGGUGUAGCGAGCGCUGUGUCAGUUUCUUGCAGUGUAUCAGUUUUGCUGCGGCUCCCGGGGUCGACAUGCAACACUUUGGGGGCAACUUUUGGGGGGAGAAGAACAAUGGCUUUGACGUCCUCUACCACAACAUGAAGCACGGGCAGGUCUCGGUCAAAGAGCUGGCGGACUUCGUCAGGGAAAGAGCGCUGAUUGAGGAAUCCUACUCCAAGUCCAUGGCCAAGCUGUCUAAGAUGGUGAGCACUAACGGAACGCUGGGGACCUUUGCCCCGAUGUGGGAGGUGUUUCGUAUUUCGGUCGACAAGUUAGCGCUGUGUCACCUGGAGCUGGUGCGGAAACUGCACGAUCUGAUCAAGGAGAUGAACCGAUUCAACGAGGAGCAGGCCAAAGUGCACAGGAAGACAAAGGAGGAGGUCUCCGGAACAUUGGAAGCGGUCCAGAAUAUGCAGUCCAGUGUCCAGCUGCUGCAGAAAUGCAAGGACAAUUAUCACAGCAAGUGGUUGGAAUGGGACAGGCUGAAAAAGGACAGAGCUACACAGAAAGAAGUUGAUAAGGCAGAACUCAAAUCGAAGAAGGCUGCCAAGUCGUACAAGGCGAGCAUGGAGAAAUAUCACUGCACGCGCUCCGAUUACCAGCAGCAGAUGGCAGAGGCUGCCCAGAAGUUCCAGCAGAUCGAGGAGAAUCACCUGCGCCACAUGAAGGUGUUAAUCAAAUCCUACUCCAACUCCAUCGAGGACACGCACGUGCAGUUGGGUCAGGUCCACGAAGAGUUCAAGCAGAACGCGGAGAAUAUCCGAGUGCAAGACCUGAUCCAGAAAUAUGCUCUGACCAAGGGCACCGGCAAAGACAAGCCAGGGCCAAUUGAAUUUGAGGAGUGUAACACAGAGGUGGUGCUGGAAGCGUCAAAGAAGAGCAAGAGGAAAUCCUUUGUGAUCCCGGGCCUCAGCAAGAGGGAGAAGGACACGGACUCCACGGGCUCUCCGGAUCCUGACUCCAUUAAUUCCCCAGAGGUCGAUGAAGAAGGUUACACGAUCAGACCUGAUGUGGCCCAGAAUUAUGAGAAGGGUCAUCGCCCCUGCUGCUCCAGCGACUCGGACACCGACUCGGAUGAGCCCCGCAGGUUCCACGUGGAGAUCAAACCAGCGACGGUCAAAGACCGCAGCGGAGACCACGAGACCUCCGUGGAGCUGCUGAAGGCGUCGAUCGGGAACAUCGUCCUCUCCUCCAACCCGAUGAUUCUGACCAAAAAGAAUUCUACCAAACACACCAUCCAGUUGGCUCCACUAUCAGUGGAUGGAAACUCUGAAGGAACUCAUGCGAGAGCUGCAGAUGUGGAGAUGUCAGCGUACCAGUUCACCGCUCCAAGCUCCGAGCUCAACAGCCGGCCCGCCAUCUCCCAGAACGGCAUCAGCUUUCUGGACCCACUGUUCGGGGCGUCAGCAGAAGCCAUGUUCGACAAGUUCAAUCUCCCAGCCGGGUGUAACCAAGGCAACGUGAACCCUCUGUCCCUCAGCCCUCCCUCUGUCUCCAGCGCUCUGGAGAUUGUCGAGGAUUCGGGCCUGGACUCCCCGUCGCUGCCGACCACGGAGGGCUCGUCUCCCUCUCCCGAGUCCAGGCCUUGGACGCCUCAGCCCGUCACGCCACCCGUCUCGCUGUCCCUCAGCAGAAGCUUCACCUCGUCCUUCGACGAGGCUCUCCCUCACGCCGUCUGCGGCCGGCGGUCUGCCGACGGUUUCACCACCGCUGAUCCUCAGCUGGGCCCGGAGAAGAGCUGCAACCCAGCCUCCGACAGGCACCGGGCACCGGCAGAACCUCGUGCGGCGGCUGAACUCCCCACACUCAGCCUCCAGACACUGGCUGCCACCAUCGCUCCAACUGCUACAGGUCCCACGAAUGUUCAAGCUGACGCCUCUGUUGGAAAAGCAACUGUGGUGGCACUUCCUCGCCGACACUCAAGAAAGAAACUUCUUCCCCUUCAGCUGGAGAGCGCAGAUGUGUCCAGGUCCGUCAGCCCUACGGCCACUUCACCGCAAAGUCCGUCUGCAGCUGCCUCCAGUUUGGCCGAUGAAGCGGCUACAACACAGACCUCGCGGAGUCGGGCCACUACUCCUGCCGCAUGCAUCUCCCGAGGACCCAGCCCCGUUACGUUUGGUUGCCAUGAUGCCCUGCCUGUCGCAGCUGCCUUUACAGAAUGUAUCGAUGCUUAUUUCAAAGGAGGAGACUUCACCAAUGUCAUCGUGAAGUUGACGGGGGAUGUCACCAUGUCCUUCCCGGCGGGAAUAGUGCGGAUCUUCAGCGGGAACCCCUCCCCCGCCGUGGUCAGCUUCAGGCUUCUGAACGCCAACCGCAUCAGCCACUUCCUGCCCCACUCCCAGCUACUGUACAGCGAUCUGUCGCAGAGUGACUCCUAUGUGAAAGAUUUCUGGUUGAACAUGCCCGCUCUCACCGCGCAGCUACAGAAGCAGGCGGCGGAGAACCCCAACGCUUCCUACUUCAACAUUAGUCUCCUCAAAUACCAGGUGUCUGCGGCCGACUGUCCAGCCGCCCCGCUGAGGGUCGCCGCUCGCUGGAAGUGCGAGACCGCCCGCACGGAGGUGGCGAUGGACUACCAGUACGCUGGCGAGAGCACCUCCAUGGUGCUCCACAACCUCCACGCUCUGCUGCCCCUGGAGGGAGCCGUCCGUAACAUCCACUCGCACCCACCCGCUGCCUGGAACUCCAAACAGAAGAGACUGCGAUGGAAGCUUCCGGAUAUCAGCGCCCUGUCCGAAACUGAAGGGAAAGGCGCGCUCUGUGCCAGCUGGGAGGUCUCCGAUGGCCCGAACAAGCCCUUGCCCCUGGCGCUGCAGUUCACCAGUGAAGGCAGCACCAUGUCGGGUGCUGACGUCCGCCUUGUCGGCACUGCAUACAGACUCUCGCUGGUGAAGAAGAAAUUAGUUACAGGCAAAUACUUUGCGGGCUGCUAGAGUGCGGAGUUCUUCACUGGUCGCAGUCCCGUGUGUUCAUUCACCGUGUGUGUCCAUCUGGGAGUGGUGUGCCAGGUCUUUUUUGAGAGAUUCUACAGUUCCCGGUGGCCAGGGAUUCCAGCCGUCAGCCAGCGGACUCCGUUACCUCACACUCCCGAGUCCAUUCCUGGAAGCUGCUGAACAAAGUUUCAGUCAUCGUUCUUUUCCCCCCCUUCUCGCCCUCCCUCGAGGUUUAUCCAGUCUCUCACCUUGUCGCCCGCCAACCCUUCCCCAGAAUGCCUGUAAACCCCACACCGCAGAACCCAGGAAGGCUCAGAUUCACGGCCUGAACGUACCUUCAACCUCUCCCC